CAGUGGCCGGUGAGGACAGUCGCAGUUUACACAGCGGAGUCCCGGUGGCUGACCCGUCUCCCCAGCCGGAGGGAAAGAAGGAAAGACUCCGCGGGCUUUCUCUGCAACACGUGUGUUUGCAUAGCAGGUCCAGGACCUUACCUGAACUUAAGAUGUCUUUAUAUACAUCUGUGGUUUUAAAAGGAGACCAAGAUAGCCAGCAAGGAACAAAAAGAAAAACUGAAUGUCCAAAAAGUCCAGAUUCACCGACUACAUCCAUGCUGCAAGAAACCCCGCUUCAAAACUUGCAUUUGGCUUCUCAGGCAGUUCUUGAAAGAGCCCAAAAACAAGGGCGAUCAAAGUGUCCCAAAUGUAAUAGUUCAAGGAUGUUCUACUGUUACACAUGCUACGUUCCAGUUGAGACUGUGCCUACAAGUGAAAUUCCUGUUGUAAAGCUUCCCGUGAAGGUCGACAUCAUUAAACAUCCCAAUGAAACAGAUGGCAAGAGCACAGCUGUACAUGCCAAGCUCCUGGCACCCGAAGAUGUUACUAUUUACACUUAUCCUUGUAUUCCAGACUAUGAAGAGAUGAAACACGAAAUUGCACUUAUCUUUCCUGGACCCAAUUCAGUUUCUGUAAAUGACAUUCCCCUCUCUUUGCUAAACAAAUUGGAAAAGAAAGUGGGUUGCAAAAGGGUCAACGAUUUGCCAGUGGAACCGGUUCUCAAGCAUGCAAAAGUGGAGCCAGCCAGCGACAGCGACUUUGGCGAUCUCAGCUCUCACAGUGCGAUCAAAAAUACAGGGCUGAAGAAAAUCAUAUUUGUUGACAGUACGUGGAAUCAGACCAACAAAAUCAUCACGGAUGAGCGACUCCAAGCAUUGCUACAAAUUGAACUGAAAUCGAGGAAAACCUGCUUUUGGCGUCAUCAGAAAGGAAAGCCAGAUACGUACCUGUCUACCAUCGAAGCAAUUUAUUACUUUCUAGUAGAUUACCACAGGGAACUCUUGAAAGAAAAAUACGAAGGACAGUAUGACAAUUUGCUUUUCUUCUAUUCAUUUAUGUACCAAUUGAUAAAAAAUGCCAGGAGCUCUGCUGGCAAAGAAUAAGGCCAGGAUUGGCUCGUUGGUUGCAAUUUGGACAAAAGCAAGACCGAAGUCCUCUUUGCCCUUGGUUCAUUUAGAGGUCACAGUGACAGGCAUGGAGCAGGAAGACUGUUCAGAAGCCUCGUCCUUUGAAUCCAAGCUCCUGGUACGGUGCCUCAGGCAAAUUUCCUUUGGAGUCUCUCUCUCCCAGCAAAAGCCUGCAAAACUAUGAAAUGUUUUCAGGAGUAUAAUGACCAACAAGAAAUGCCAACGUGGAACCUCUGUUCUUAAACCUACUAAAGUUUACUUCGGCUGCUACACGGUAUAAGAACAUGUUCUUCACUAGCAAGGAUGACUUUACUCUGGUGACGUCAUUGGCUCCUGUAAAAGGACCAGAACACCAUUUUCAUUAGACGCUGUCUGAUCAGCCUGCUGCUCAAGGGAGAUGCGGCUCAUCCCGCAAACUGACCAGGGCUAUGCCUCUGAGCAGAGGAGUUAAACAGGGGUUUUCAUUAGACUAAUCCAGACUAAUGCAUUCGGUAGGAUGCCAACAGUAAACAUGUUUGUGUUUAAGCUGUAAAGCUGCUUUGUUAAUAUUAUAAUAGCAACUAGGCUGGAACCGCUGUUUACAUGCCCUUUGCAGAUUGAGAACUCUGCUGCUGUCCCCUCAAGGUUUCCUGCCGAAUUCUGGGAUAAUAGUGUUACAUUCUUCUCAGCAAAGCAACAGCUGACAUUUAAGAAAGGAGGGAAAAAACUUUUGCAGUUGGCUUUAAAAGACUGCAGAGGAUUCAGAGGUCGGGUGUGUGUGUGUGUGUGUGUUGCAUGCCUAGUCUUCUGUACACUCAGGGCCAGCUUCCCUUUCUUCCUUCCCCCUCCAGUGAUAAAUGAAGAGGCCUCACAGGGAAGCAAACUGCUGUUAUACUUUUUUAUUUUCUUGUGUUUCCAGCAAUGUGCUAAAGCAGAAAUCGGUUUGUUUAGAUGUGCUGCUGCUUUCCCCACUUUCCCAAGACUUGAGAUUUUAUAUAAUAAGAGGUGCAGUCCUGAUACCUCAUCAGAUCUAACAUGAACAUCACUUUGAAGAUGAUGCUAUGCAAACUUCACCAUUGCGUAAAGACCAGCUGGAUCCCCCCCCCCUUGUUUCUUUUCCUGCUUUAGCACAAUCCAGUUUAAUGCCACUACAUGCUGUAGCUAUAAGUGAAAACACAGAAGUCAUGAUUCUGCAGACAGCUCUUUGCAGUGGAUAGCAUUGACCAGGCUGAUGAUGAAAGGUCUCAGGAGCACAGUGACAUUUCUGUCUUUCUAAAAACCAAAAUGUGCUUUUGGAAGGAAUUUUUGUGUGUUUUCUCCAGUGUCAGCUAGACACUGAAUGCAAAAUCUGUCACCUCUGGAAGUCUGAAUAUACUUAUUUUAGGGAUAAUGCUUAGACUAUUUCCAACUCCCUUUCUUUUCUUUUUCACUUUCCUUUCCAAAGGUUUGCAGUGAGCCAUAACAUUGGCAGAGGGAAAGGGGAGAUACACAGUAAACAUCUGUUUCCUAACCACAUUUGCAAAGAAC